AUGUCUAAACAAGAGCUUGUAGAGAUGGAGAGCCAAGAGAAUAUCACUGUGGUGGCUGACAAGCCUACCGGGCAUCAAAUUCUGUUUCCACAUGGAUGGAGACUGUGCUUGAUUAUACUUGGGCUCAUGAUCAGCCUUUACUUGGUCAAUCUGGAAGUGACUAUCGUCAGCACCUCACUCAUCGCUAUCACAAGUGACCUAAAUGGUUUCAACAAAACAAGCUGGAUCAUUACUGGGUUCCUCAUUACAUUCACUGGUCUGAAAUCCCUUUUCCUUUCUCUGUCUGGUUCUGCUAACUCCGAUGCAGGUUUCAUGUCCAUCUGGACCAGGGUCAGCGAUAUCAUUGGCAGAAAGAAAACCUUGCUGGCUGCUGAGGUGAUCUUCUUGGCAUUUUCGCUCGGAUGCGGGCUAUCCCCGUCAGUCAACACACUCAUUAUAUGUCGAUCAUUCCAAGGAAUUGGCGGUGCUGGGAUUUAUCCGCUCACCAUCUUAUGCGCCUAUGAGACUGUCCCCAAGUCGAAGGUGCCCUUAUUGGGCGGCCUGUUGUCGAUAGCCAUUGCAUGCGCAUCUUUGACAGGGCCUCUCAUUGGCGGCGUACUGGCGCAGAAUUCGGAGUGGAGAUGGGUUUUCUACGUGAACCUCCCACCUGGAGCAGUAGCCGUGAUAAUGCUAAUUAUCGCCAUGCCCGCGAACCAUGGCUCGGUGCCAUCGAAAUCUAUCGCCCAUUUAAAACCGAGCAUCACACUCUUCCGAGAGCUGGAUCUCGUCGGUGCUAUUCUACUACUCAGUGCCUCUCUACUACCUAUCACUGUUUUGAAUGAAACUAAUUUAUCAUUUGAGUGGGCUUCCGGAACUGCAAUUGGGCUACUCGUUGCGGGAGGUGUAUCAUGGAUGGCUUUCUUUGCCUGGGAAUGGGUGAUCGAUGGACGUCCUAGUUAUCAUCCGAUAUUUCCAAAACGAUUACUAUUCAAUCGAGCUUGGAUGGGGAUGCUCAUAAUUACAUUCGCUAGCGGCUGUCCUUGGAAUGUGAUAAUUGUCUAUUUGGCACAGCGCUUUCAAGUCCUAGAAAAGCUGUCGCCUGUAGAUGCUGGGAUCCGGCUAAUCCCGUACUCGGCCCUUGCAACUGUGGGCACCGCUGUUUCUAAUCUUGCAUGUCUUCGAGGCCGUAUCCCCUUCGUAUACUUCAUCGUCUUCGGCUCCGUGCUACAGACCGUAGGGAUGGCACUCUUCUCCAUCCUUCCUCAAACGGACUCGUUUCCCAGUGCUGGGUAUGGAUAUGAAGUUAUCGCAGGCACCGGCAUUGGAGUCACUAUCGGGAUCUGUGUUCUAGCAGUACCUUACGUUGUCGAGACGCGGGACCUAGCAACAGCUACGGGCGCCCUUAACCAAUGCCGUUUUCUCGGGGGUGCAAUCGGCCUUGCGAUUGCGGCUAACAUCCAGUACGGAAACUUAAAGAGCGAACUAGCAGGUACACUUUCACCGGAGCAGUUGCAGCAACUGCUAGAAAACAGUAGCACGGUCGGGACCCUGCCGGCUCAGCUCCAGGCUGCAAUCGGGCGUGUAUUUGCGAAGAGCUAUACUCAUCAAUAUCAGGCGAUGAUUGCCUUUGCAGCUGUGCAGAUUCCAGCAUCCCUACUAAUGUUGCGACGCGGUGGACAGUACGUGGUGAAGGAGGAUGAAACAACAACUGAAUCGGAUAGUAGCGGAUCAGACACGACUGUUUAA